UGAAGAUAAGAAAAGAAAAAGGGUGAGACAAGUCAGUAAAUCACGCCGCUUACUAACCACCGAGUAGUGCUGCUGCUUCCUCAUAAAUUAAAUGCUUGUUCCAUCCACACGCUGCAAGCAAUUAAUCUGCAACAUUUUUCUCUGUUUUUUCUCCCGGCAAAGCGUUAAUCUCACUCAGUACUCAUUCUUCCCUCUACCACUGUGCUGCAUGUAUAUGAUAUAUGAAUAUGUGCGGUAAAUGAUGUUAUCUACUUCUACUUUGCCUCUAUACAUUAAUUGCACUUCUCAUUAUCACUUCAACUGCUUCAAUUCAUUAUCACUCAAAGAAUGUUUUUCCUUCAGUUUUAUCAUCCCAUCAAUGCAUCCAAAUAUUCUCUUUACUUCCUUCCUCACAAAAAUCUGACUUUACCCUCUGUGUUUCACACUACCACCGAUUCAUCAUCACUUUGAUUAACAAGUUCAAAUAAAGUAAAUGUCCUACUUUACUUAAUUCUAUAUACUAAGAUAGCAUGGUGGAAGCAUAUCCAUUUUUUUAAGACAAGGAAUCUCCCCAUUUUGGGACUUUUUCCUUUCCUUUUCUUCAAUUUAACCGGGAAUUGAGAUGGUAUGUCUCUCCCUUUAAUUCAUCAGGCCCAGCAACCACACGUUCAGAACAAAGAAAGCUACAAGUAUAACUAAUGAAACAGAGAAAUGUGGUGACAGCCUUUUAGCAGGAUGAAGCAUUGAGCCUGAGCAUAAUCAAUAAGGUUACGUGCCGCACAUAAAUCCUAGGAAGUUUGCAGCUUUUGCAGGUUAAGCAGAUUGAGAGCACUUCAGAAAUCAGAAUGAAAGUUGGGUUUAAAAGUGCCAAAGCUAGAAGCUUUUGCACGGUCUCUGUUGCCUCGCUCUUUGCCAUGCUUUUAGUAAGGGAUGUGAUAAUUCACAGGGAAGGUGAGAGUGACGCAGGCAUUGCAGAGAUGUUUUUCUCCAAAGGAAACCGAACAGUAAUCACCUCACGAAAACUGCUGCAAUCUGCUGAUGAUGGGGGCUUGAACCAUAUAGGAACGGUGUGCUCAAAGGAGGAGAUAGUGAUAUAUCAGGGGGAAGUGCCCCCUCUUCCCACGGGGAUUCCUUCGUACACAGUUCAAAUAAUGAACAUGUGCGCCAGUGAUUGCGACAUAGCAAACAUACGCCUCCACUGUGGGUGGUUCAGUUCAGCACGUUUGAUAAACCCCAAAGUGUUUCGCAGAGUGGGAUACGAUGAUUGCCUAGUCAAUGAUGGAAAACCUCUUGCCUCAGGAAAAACCGUCUCCUUUCAAUAUUCCAACACUUUUCGCUACCCUCUCUCCGUUUCAUCUGUUGUUUGCUCCUCAUGAGUAACGACCAUCAGCCACCAUGUACUUGUAACUUGGAACACCCGUUAAACACACAUUACAGUCUACAAGAGAAGAGGAGAAGGAUGAUUUCAUGGAGGUUUUUUACCUCCCUA